AGCUAUUUACAAACGCGCAAGAGGAAUAAAAACAUGGGUCACGCUUCAAAAAGCCAGAGGCACUCAGAAGGGAUGGUUUGAGGAGAAGUGGUCUCACUAAACUCGGACAAAAUGACGGCGAAGACCGGAGACGAGUUGUGCGCGUCUUAUGGCAGUCUGAUGGACGUGAUCCCCAAAGACGUAUUUUCCACAGAGGGGGUCGUGUUCAAAGAGGAGCCCCUGGGGGAGGAGGAGGAGUAUGGGGGGAAGAACGGAGCCGGUGCUCUCGCGUUCGGACAGAAGGACGAACCACCUGUGCACGCGGACUUAACGCACUACGUGGCCACUUUACGCACGCAGCCUUUGACGUUUACGGCCAAGUUCUCUGUGGACUCUCGAAGCGCACGGGGGCCGUGGACAACGGAGGACCUCAUCAACGUCGUGAGCGCGGACAUCGCGGUCGCGGACCUCACCUCUGCGUCCGCGUCUUCACCGGACACCUACCACACAUCUUCAGGAGGGAGCGCGGCAGAGGGAGAGCACGCGGGGGAAGGCGUCAUGGCGCACGCGCAGCCGGACCUCAGCCACAUGUACGCGCACGCUCACUCACACGCACACCCACACGCGGCACCGUCCUACUCAUGCAGCGGGGAUGUGUACCAGGACCAGAGCGCAUACAUGGCAUCUUCUGCGUGCGCCAUGUCCUACCACGCGCCUCAGCCCACGGUGGACGGGGCUGCCCUCCUGUCUUUCGUGCCCGAGUACAGUGGCUUCUACCCGCAGAGCUGCCAGCGGGAGGAACGGAAAUCCCUGCCGUACUCCCUGGAGCCACUGCGGGUUCCACCGCCUCUCACACCGCUCAACACUAUUCGAAACUUCACCCUCGGCGCACCAGGCUCAUCCACAGACGGGCCCAUGGCCGCAGCCUUCCCCGCUCAUCAGAGCCUCCCUCUGAGGCCCAUACUGCGACCCCGAAAGUACCCCAACAGGCCCAGCAAGACGCCCGUGCACCAGCGGCCGUACCCGUGUCCCGCGGAGAGCUGCGACCGCCGCUUCUCGCGCUCAGAUGAGCUGAGCCGUCACUUGCGCAUCCACACAGGGCACAAACCGUUCCAGUGCCGCAUCUGUAUGCGGAACUUCAGCCGCAGCGAUCACCUGACCACGCACAUCCGCACGCACACGGGGGAGAAGCCCUUCUCCUGCGACCAGUGCGGACGGAAGUUUGCGCGCAGCGACGAGCGGCGGCGGCACAUGAAAAUCCACCUGCGGCAGAAGGACAAGAAGGCCUCCGGGUCCUCCUAAACCCCACGUGCCCUGGACUGAACCGUGCAAACAUCACACAAGCCCUGGCCCUCUGCUGCACGCUCCUGUAUCUGAACCACACACUGACAGCAGUCAAUGCAUAUUUAUGAAAAACAGAAAUACCACAUAAAAGUGUCCACAAGUGCCCCGGUGUAAGCUGGUCCACAUAACCAUAACAACAGCCCUAUGAGAGAUACAGAGUGCACGUGCAGCACGGCCCCACACCAGCCCUGCUCUCUCACACACUCACACAUGAACCCUCACUUACAGCUUGCUUUUGUGCUCUUGGGCAAGGCGUCUUGUCUGCUUACAGUUUGUGCUGCUGCUACUCAGGGAUUUAGAGUCCAGGUGAUGCAAGAGGGCAUGUGUGAAUGCAAAAUGUCCUUAUGCAAACUAGAAGAACAAACCUAUUUCACAGUGAGGAAUUUCAUUUGAAUUUAAACCAAUUUGUAGCCACCACAUAUAAAAUGAAGUUAACGACUAAACAGGUCAACACUUUUUAAUACGACUGUUUGAGAGGAAAAUGUUGGAAUAUGAUUUUAAAUAUUGAACUCAGAUGCAACCGCAGACUGUUUUUCCCUCUUUGUAGAUGUCGUUUUGUUUUUUAUACGGUGGGAGGUUGUUACCUGACUGUAGCGUGAUAAUCUGUUCCUGUUUGGCAAAGAUUUGUAUUUUUUGAAUGUUCAUAACUUUUGGAAGAGUCUGAAGGAUAUAUGCGUUUAUGUUGUGGUUUUUUCUUUCAUUUUUAUGCAAUGAGCCGAGCACUGGAGCUUUGACUGUGCUGGAC